AUGUAUGAUGAAAUGGUGGAAUUGUUUUCAACACCCAUACAACUUCCAGCUUCUGGACAUCAAAUGGAUCUUUCUCCUGUAGCCUUUCUUGAAACUGAUGUUACUUUAUUGGAUGACCAUGAUAGUAAUUUGGACAUUGAUAACAUGUCAUAUGAGGAACUUCUUGAAUAUUUCGAACAAAUUGACAAUGUAAGCAGAGGUUUGUUAGAAGAAACUAUUACAAGAGUCGUGAAGUUCAAAACUUGUUUAUUACCUAACAACUUGGAUGGGAUAACUUCUGAAGAACAAGAAAGUGAUCUUUGCGUAAUAUGUCAGGAUGAAUAUAAGAACAAAGAGGAAAUUGGAAUUCUACCAUGCCAACAUAAAUACCACACAAAUUGCAUAAGGAAAUGGUUACAUGAAAAAAAUGUUUGUCCCGUUUGCAGAUCAGAAGUAUUAGAUUUUGAUCAGACGUUGAACUAA